GGGCUGGAGUGUGAGAUAUGCCGCCUGCCCAUGGCCUUUCUGCUGCAGGUGUACGCACCCAUAUCCGGUCAGGACAGAAGUUUCCACAGGACGCUCUUUGUGUUCUGCUGUAAAACCCCUGAGUGUUACACACGCAACGACAGCCGCUGUAUUAAAGUUUUCAGGAGUCAACUUCCCAGGAGGAACGAGUUCUACCCAUACGAUCCACCGCCAGAUGAAACCCCCACUGAUCCUGAACAGGACCAAAGUGUGUUGCCUAUCUCUGGAGUUAAACUCUGUUGGGUGUGUGGUUGCCUUGGCAACAAGGCCUGCUCCCGCUGUCACACUGUGACCUACUGUGGAAAACACCACCAGACCCUCCACUGGAAACACACACAUAAGAAGGAGUGUUGCAGUCAAGAAGCGUCCGUUGUGACAACUUCUCCCUUCCUCUUCCCUGAGUUUGAGCUGGUCACUGAACCUGAGGAGGAGGAGGAGGAGCAGGAAAAGGGGAAUGAGAAAGACACAAAGGAGGCUGAAGAAGGAGAAGAGGACAGCACUCAGAUUGGUGUAGACUGUCCCCCUUUAGCAGAUGCCCUGGCAGAGGCAGACCUGGAGGAGAUGGCCCUGCAUGAGACUGAAGACAACAGAGUGUUCCAGCGGUUUAAAAAGUGGAUUGCUCCAGAACCACAUCAGGUGGUGCGUUACAGCCGAGGCAGCUCUCCCUUGUGGGUUUCUUCUCAGCACAUCCCUUCAGAUCAGGAUAUCCCACCAUGCAUUUGUGGUGCCCAGAGGACUUUUGAGUUUCAGGUGAUGCCGCAGCUGUUAAACAGUCUGUGCGUGGACUCGACAGGAGCCAGUGUCGACUGGGGGACGCUGGUGGUCUACACAUGCUCUGCCAGCUGUAACCAUGAUGAGCAGUACUGCCCCGAAGUUAUCUGGAAACAGGACUUCAGCUCAGAUCAGCACACACAGAUGAAAUACUCUUAAUGGGUAAAUCCCAGUCGUCUUACUUUAUCGUUCCUCACUCAACUCAGAAGUCGUUCCGGUCUGCCAUUUGAAAAACGUCCCAAAGCUUGAGUGAGGCUGCUGGAUGAGACGGGUAUAAGGAUUCACAACAAAUCAGUUGCGCAAGUCAUGACCCUUUAUUGGAAAUCAGCUGGUGAUUGGAUGCUUCAGAUAAAGGAUAAGAGGAAAGGACUUUUCACAUCAGUAUAAAACACAUUUCCCUCAGUUCCUCUCUCCUUGUAAUUGUUCCUCAUAUCUUAUGUGGGCAGGAUUAAAACAAAGAAAAAGUACAUGUGAGGGAAAGUGGAUACAGUUAAGGGAAUUGGGAUUCAUCCUACAGGAGAUCCUGCACAUCUAUUGUUUUUAAAUUCUGGUUAACAUGUUUGUGAAAACACAGGUCGGAAAUACCACUUUCAGUGCCACAUACUGUUUGAACAACUGACAGUCAGCAAAACAACAUAUCAGCUUGUGCCUUAAUGUAUAAAAGUUUGUGACAAAGUUGACUAAAUAAGUGUUCUUCUGGU